AGCCGGAGAGAGCAAGAUGGCCGCUGCCGAGGGGGACUGUGGUGCUGGGGCCGACGCUGAUCGGGAAUUGGAAGAGCUCCUGGAAAGUGCUCUUGAUGAUUUCGAUAAGGCCAAACCCUCCCCAGCACCCCCUCCUACUACCACGGCCCCUGAUGCUUCGGGGCCCCAGAAGAGAUCGCCAGGAGACACUGCCAAAGAUGCCCUCUUUGCCUCCCAAGAGAAGUUUUUCCAGGAACUGUUCGACAGCGAGCUGGCUUCCCAGGCCACUGCAGAGUUCGAGAAGGCAAUGAAGGAGCUGGCCGAGGAGGAGCCCCACCUGGUGGAGCAGUUCCAGAAGCUCUCGGAGGCCGCGGGGAGAGUGGGCAGUGACACAGCCUCCCAACAAGAAUUUACGUCUUGCCUGAAGGAGACGCUAAGUGGACUCGCCAAAAAUGCCACUGAUCUCCAGAACUCAGGCAUGUCAGAGGAGGAGCUGACCAAGGCCAUGGAAGGGCUGGGCAUGGAUGAAGGGGAGGGGGAGGGCAACAUCCUCCCCAUCAUGCAAAGCAUCAUGCAGAACCUCCUGUCCAAGGAUGUGCUGUACCCGUCCCUGAAGGAGAUUACCGAAAAGUAUCCAGAAUGGUUGCAGAGUCACCGGGAGUCUCUUCCUCCAGAGCAGUUUGAAAAAUACCAGGAACAGCACAGUGUCAUGGGCAAGAUAUGUGAGCAGUUUGAGGCUGAGACCCCGACAGACAGCGAGGCCACUCAGAAGGCUCGUUUUGAGUUAGUGCUGGAUCUCAUGCAGCAGGAUCUUCUGUUUCUCAAGUUCCUCUUAUUUUCCAGCUACAAGAUUUGGGCCAUCCUCCGAAAGAACUGGCUGGGGAGAUGCCUCCUGGCCUCAACUUCGACCUGGAUGCCCUCAAUCUGUCGGGCCCACCAGGUGCCAAUGGCGAACAGUGUCUCAUCAUGUGAAACACAGCACGUGUCUGUCACUGAGUCCCAGCCAUGGGGAGCAUCUGGAGUCAGCAGAACCACUGGGAGCCGAGGCAGGAGAGCCAACUCCAAGAGCAGUCUGCCCGCUGCCCUGUGUCGUCCCAGCUGACUGGGACUGUGCCAUACCAGCUGAGGCUUUUACUCUGUCUUUCUAGAAACGUGGCCUAUUGUGCGGGCCGUUUCUAUGGGCCCUAUCCACGCGGUUUCUGCUGCUAGCAAAGGCCCAGCUACCUUCCAGGUGAAGAAAGGCAUCCCUCGUGGGGCAUGUACUUUCUUACCUCCCAGAUAAUGUUAUAUAUGGCCACACUGAUGUUCACUUUUGCAUUCAGGGUCUUCGUGCCUUGUCUCUACUCCUUCUGGGACCUGGGGAGCAGAGACAGAGUCCUGGGACUCUGUAUUUCUCCAGUUCUUUUGGGCAGAGCCUUUGGGAUUGGUGGGGAGAAACUUAGCUUGGGCUGGGACUCGAGGUCUGUCACCAUGUCCUCUUGCCUUCAGACAGACCGUUACAAACUCUGUGAAGGAAAAGGAGAUGGGGGGUUUGCAUCUAAUCACAGUAGGGUUGAGAGAGCAGCCCUGGGAUUCUCCUCUCUUUAGGUGCUGAGCCUUCAACUCCCUGUUCCAGCCUGAGAACUCAAGUUGCUACCGUGGUUCUUUGCACAGUGCUCUGUGAUCUGGGUGAAACCAGCCCUUGACCUUCCUCUGCCCCCUGCCUCUCCUCAUCUUUUCUCUUUUUAAACACUCGUUUAUUCCAACCCUUCUCUGGAACCCAGGCUGUGACAAAGAAGGGCCAUCUUAUAUCCCCUCAUCUGGGCCAUCCACCACUCUGAUUGGAAAACAUACAUAAUUCAGUGUCAGGUCUAGGAAAUGAAUGACUGUUCUUCCCCAGAUACGUUCUGGCUUAUUUGAGACCUCUGAUUUCUUUGAAUCCUGUCCCUUGAUUAAGCAGGUGACUUGGGAACGGGAGUGGAGUGCAGCCCCGGUCCUUUUUCUUGACUAAUAAAUAUUCUGAUUGAGGAGUGUGGCCUGUUUUUCAUUCAGGUCUUUCUCGGAUCUUCCUCACCAUCUGUAAGCCGCAGUGAGGGGUGCUUGCAGACUGGUUCUGCAUAAUCUCACAGUGCUGGGUUCUGCCGUCACCGCCUUCCCCAGCUCAGUCUGUACUGCACUUGGCAAAGGAGACUGAAUGGCCGUCUUGCCUCAUUCCCUCCCUCUGGCUGUUUCACUCUGGCAAGCCCUUCAGUUGGUACUGUACCCUAACAUUUGACAUUCUUAUUAUUGUUAGUAAUACAUUGUUAACCUUUUAAAUUA